AUGUGGAAGCAACUUCUUAGUAAACUUCCUAAGAAGUCACUGAAAUCUGAAUCUGUUGAUACUCCGAGAAGUGAGGCUGGUUCUGUUGGCCAAAGCAGUGGAAACACGAGUGCUGGCCGAUCAAACUUAGUUAAACGAACAUCAUCAGCAGUUUUUCCUGCUGGUCUGAUGUCUGGAAUUGAGCCCCUUUUGCCAUUUAAAGAUGUUCCUAGUUCGGAAAAAAUGAAUCUUUUUAUCAGUAAGUUAAGUCUAUGCUGUGUGGUGUUUGAUUUUAUUGAUCCAACCAAGAAUACUAAUGAGAAAGAUCUCAAACGUGUUACAUUGAUUGAGCUUCUAGAUUUUGUGUCUUCUGGAUCUCAAAGAUAUACCGAGCCAGCAAUUCUAGCAAUGUGCAAAAUGUGUUCUGUUAACUUGUUUCGAGUUUUCCCACCAAAUUAUCGAUCCAAUACGCAAAAUGGUGAAAAUGAUGACGACGAACCUACAUUUGAUCCUGCUUGGACACAUUUGCAGCUAGUGUAUGAUAUAUUUCUGAAGUUUGUAACUUCUUCCUCCGUGGAAGCUAAGGUUGCCAAAAAGUAUAUUAAUCAUUCGUUUAUCUUGAAAUUGCUUGAUCUAUUUAAUUCCGAGGAUCCUCGAGAACGAGAUUGUUUGAAAGCUAUUAUGCACCGGAUUUAUGGGAAGUUUAUGGUGCAUCGGCCUUUCAUUCGCAAGAACAUCAGCCAUAUCUUCUAUCGGUUUGUAAAUGAAGCUGAUCGGUGCAAUGGGAUUGCUGAGUUGCUAGAGAUUUUCGGCAGUGUGAUUACUGGAUUUGCAUUACCUUUGAAGGAGGAACACAAGAUCUUUCUAUGGAGAGCAUUGAUUCCUCUGCACAAGCCAAAGUCUUUAGGAGCUUACUUUCAGCAGUUGUCAUAUUGUGUCACGCAAUUCAUUGAAAAGGAGCCGAAGUUAGCCAGCACGGUCAUCAACGGGUUGUUGAAAUACUGGCCAAUUACCAAUAGCCAGAAGGAGGUUAUGUUCUUAGGUGAGAUAGAAGAGAUUCUUGAAACAAUCAAUAUGGCGGAAUUCCAGAAAAUUAUGAGUCCAUUAUUCUGGCGGAUUGGAUACUGCAUCAACAGUUACCAUUUUCAGGUGGCUGAGAGGGCACUGUUCCUCUGGAACAAUGAUCAGAUUAUGAACCUAAUUGCACAUAAUAGGCAUGUGAUCCUGCCAAUUAUAUUCCCUGCCCUAGAAAAUAAUGCACAAAGUCAUUGGAACCAUUCGGUUCUUAACUUAACUCUCAAUGUGAGAAAAAUGUUCUCGGAGAUGGAUGACGCACUGUUCCUUAACUGCCAUUCUCAAUUCAAGGAGGAACAAUCUAAACUAAAGGUAGAGACAGAAAAGCGGAAAGAAGUAUGGAAGCGCAUAAAGAAUGCAGCUAGUCAGCAACCAAUUUCUGGAAACACAGCUGUCUUGGUAUCUCCGUAA